ACUGCGCACAGCCACACCCACACCCACAGGCACCGACACAGAAACAUAAACACGCCCACGAUUUUAUGUUAGAUGGCUGACCUCUGCCGUUCUGAGGCUCUUCGGCUGCUGGUGCCGGACAACCACGACAGCUCCGCCAGUGGGGAUCGGCGCCGCUGACACAGACACAGACAGAGACAGAGACAUGUGAAUGUGAUGUCUCUGUCUGUCUGUCUAUUGUGUCUGUCUGUCUGGUUGGUUAGGUGCAUGCCUGGCACGAUUGGCUUCUUUGCUGCCGCCGCACCCUCAGCACCGCCAGCCGUCUUGGGGAAUCUGCACCAACACAGAGAGAGAGAGAGACACUCAUUUCUUUGUCCGUCCGUCCAUUUGUGUGUCUCUCUGUGUCUCUCUCUUGCCGCAGGUCGAUGGCCACGUUGUUGUCAGGAGCGCUCUCGAGUGCGUUGAUGCGCUCGUCCGUCUCGUUGAGCUGUGCCUGGAGUCUCUGAUUCUCGCUGUUGGCCUGGGCGAGUGCGGUCUGCAGUUGGUGCACCUGUCCCUCCAAUUGUGUUUGCGCCAGCUUGGUUUGAGCCAGUGCGGCCGCCACGUCGCUUUUCUCCUCCCCGGCCUCCUCGAGCUCCUCUUCGGUGAUGGUCGCGGCGGGCUGGGCGGCUGGCGCUGCUGCUGGUGGUGGCACUGCUUGGCCAGCGGGAGGUGUCAUUGGUGCGGCUGCGGGGGGCUGAGGGAAGCCGAUGGCCUGGCCUAACACACCCUCGAGACCUCUGCAAUGCAAUCCAAUGGAUGCCACGCACAGCACAGCACAGCCGAUCGAUGAGAUCAGCUGAGGGACUGACUGGACUGCGUGGGGGUGUUUGUUUGGUUGUGUGCUUACGGGAUGAGCGCAUGCCACAAAGGCGUGCAGACGACAGCCGCGACCAUCACGAGCGAGGCGAGACCACCAGCCGACAU